ACCCACUAGCCGAAAAAGGAGAAAACCCAAGCUCGUCCAAAACGUCUCGAAGCCUUGCUCAAGGGGCAAAAGCCAGCUCGCACCUAAACCCUACAUAAACCCUUUUCCGAAUUUUCAACUAACUUAGGUCGAAAAGGUCAUAUAUUUCUGCAUAUUCGACGCCUGAAGGAAGACUUCGGAAACCGACUCAGAUAAAAAGGAAGAAGAAAGCAGGCAGAUUUCUGAACUUGCAUGGAGUCCGAGGCUUCGGACGGGGAAAGGAAAUUGCGGAAGAGGCGCAACGGGUGCGAAUCGAUAGAGGACACACUGACCAAGUGGAAGAACUACAAUGAGAGGCUUGAUUCUGGGAAAGAUGGAGGGAAGAAGACUCGGGCUCCGGCGAAGGGCUCCAGAAAAGGCUGCAUGAGGGGGAAAGGAGGGCCGGAGAACUCAGAUUGUGUAUUUAGGGGUGUUAGGCAGAGGACUUGGGGAAAAUGGGUGGCGGAAAUUCGAGAACCAAUUCGAGCUAGAGCCGGUUCUGUACCUACGAAGAAGAAUAGGCGUCUUUGGCUUGGUACUUUCCCUACAGCCUAUGAAGCUGCUCUUGCUUAUGAUAAAGCUGCUAGAGCAAUUUAUGGUGCUUUGGCCCGGCUCAACUUCCCCGACAAUGCUGUGGACUCGAAGGACUACUACUCUAAUUCUGUGUCAUCUAAAACACCAUCGUCGCAUGAGUCCUCAUUGACAUACAAUAAUGCGGAUGCGGCAGGGGGAAGAUCAGGAUUCUUUGAGGAUUGUGUGGCCAAAGAGCAAAAGCAGGAAACGGAUUGUUCUGUAUCAGAGGAAUUACAUGUUUUACGUGCUACCUCAAGAGAACCAAAAGCUGUGAAAUGUGAAUACGAAACUGAACGUGAGCUUGUUAAGAACGAUGAUGUUUUUCAGACCGAGAGCUAUGGAAGCUUCGAUCAUAGGGGAGAUUACUUGCCUAAUGAGCCCCUGGUUGUGAAUUUUGAUACGGUAUUUGAUUGUAAGCCUUGUAACGAUAUGGAUCCUUUGGAGAUACUUUUGAGGUCCAAUUAUGAUUACUUAACUGAGCUUGUAGAUGGGGAAUGCAAUCGGAGAAACAGUUGCAAGCCUUCAAAUGAUGUCAAAGUUGAGACACCGGCAAUGAGGGAAGCCGCGGAGAAACCAUUUCCGGUGAUUCUGGAAUCCGGAAGUCACAACGGGGUAGAUGAGAAGUACAACAACAUACAUGGUGAGCAAAUAAACGCGGCCGAAAUUCUUGUAACCAAUUUUGAGCCUUCUGAGGAUGUUGAAAUGAAGUUAUCGAUGACGAAUCAAGAAUUGCAAGGAGGAUUUGCAGAAACAACGAGAUUAGAUGGCCAUAAUUGCAAUGGCUUCAUACAUAGUUAUGCUUGUUUAGAUGAUUUAGAUGUGGCAUACGGUCCGAGAUAUGGCAUUAAUCCUUGGAAUGAUAUCGGAAUGCAGACAGAGCUCGACGACAGACUUGACUACGUGCAUAACUGGUCUGCAGAGGAAACCUAUGGCAUUGAUGCUGCUGAGGACCAACAAUGGGGGAGGACGCAUAAUCUCCCUAUUCAGUUGCAGACACAACCACAUCCCGACAUACCUGGAAGCUCGAAUCACACGGAGUACGCACAUUUAGGCGUGGAUAUCGAUCGACAAAGUUACGAUUCUGGUGCAAUGGAAGAGCAGGGGCUGCCUAAAUGAUUCAUGGUUCCCUUACUCUUAAUUGAGAUUGUUAUUUGGAUUAAAUAGGAGAUUUUAGCUGCAUCUUUAACCCAAAAAAUAAUAAAAUCUAUAUAUUCCCUUCCAUUUCA